GAGCUUCAGAAAGUGAUAUACUUUCACACUGAAAGGGAAUACUCGGUCUAUAUAUAUAUUUUUUACAUUAAAGUAAAGUUUCAAAAACAACGGGGACAAGAUGACUCUCAAAAUGCCAUUGUGCACCAAGGAGGACCUCAGCGAGGCGGUCAAGCUGCAAAAGCGGGCGCAGUACGAGGAGGAGCGCAAGAGCCGCAUCUUUAAUGCCAGGCAACGCCUAUUUGGACUCGAUCUGGACGCAUUGGAGCGUCAGAUAUUGGAGAAGAAGAAGCAGAGGAGCAUUCAGAUUGAAUGCGAUAAGCGCUACGAGGAGCAGGAACAGCUACAGAAGCGUCUCAUAACAGCCAAAGAAAAGGAAUUGGAGAAGGAGAAACGUAUUGUGGACUCGGAUCUCAACUAUUAUCGCUGCCGCUAUCAACGCUUGGAUCAGCGUCGCGAAUACGAUCUGAAUGAUCCAAACUUUCUGAAGAAAGCCAAGCCGGCUCGCAUAGCCGAUGAUGACAUAAUGCUUGGCGUAUCCAGUGCCCAGAUCUUCUAUGGUGAGGAUCUGCACAGGAACGAGCGUCAGGUGCGGCAGCGCGAGCAACAGCGCGCCUGGCUGGAUCAGCAGGUCAAGGAACGCAAGCAAGCGGAAGAGGCGCGCCGCAAGGCCGACAGCGUCUAUAUAGAGAGUGUGAAUUGUCGCGACAAGCACUUGGAGGAAAUGGCCAAGUCGGACCAUAAUAUGCGCCACCAGAUCACACACAAAAUACGCCAGUACAACAUCAAUCUGGCCAAGCAGAAGCAGGCCAAUCGCGAGCGCGCCAAGCGCGAGACAUAUGAGGACGACAUGGCCGAGAUCUACAAUAUGUUGUCUAGCGAUAUGCUGACCGAGAAUCCGGAUGUGGCCCAGUCGCGUCUGAAUCCAAACAAGAAGAUUGCAUUCAUGUACCGUGGCAUGACUCCGGACGAACUGGUAGAGUUCCGCAAGGGGCAGGAGCAGCAGCUGACCCAAACGCUGCAGCGCAAGACCGAGGUUCAGCUGAUGAACAAACAGUGGGAGCAGUAUGCUAUUAACAUGGAUCGUACACUCAUGCUCAAGCAGAUUGAAAUGGAUCGCAAGCACAAGGAGCAACUGGACGAGCUAGUGCGCGCCAAUACCAAACUGGCCGUCGAGCAGGAUCAACAGCGCAAGGAAGCGUUGGUGCAACUCAGCAAUGCUGUCUCCGACGAGUUCUACGACCAGUUCAACAAGAACUCCCGUUAAUUUGUUAGUGCACUUCGCCGUGCAGGUAAAUCGAUUGUGGAAUUGUUUCAGCAGCAGAUCCUGCGCUUAUGCUGCAUCACAUUCAAGCUCUGCUGCCGGAGCAGUUACAUGCUCGAAUUCAACUUGCAUCGGCCGAAUAACACUUAAACUGAAGUCGAAUUCAAAAAAGGGUUAAUAAAGAUUAAAUUAUAAGUUGA